AUGGGGCAUCACAUGCGGGAGGAUGGAGAACCUACCAAAAUGGAAGAAGGAGCUGCCGGAUACGAGGAUAGAACCCCGGUCGAGAGCGAAAGCCUUUCGGAGGGCAGGAUUCGACAGCUGGAGGACGGUAAAUUGGGAGAAUCAAAAUCACAGAGGUCGAGAAGAGCACUGAACCAGACAGUAGGAAAACAUGUGAAGAGCCUGAGUAAGGACUCAAACAGCCUAAUAUACCACCAGCAGAAGAUGAAGCAAGUGAAUUCAGACAUGGAUCUGGACGAACAAGGAGGGACUGAGAGUGAGGGGACUGAAACAGAUGAUGAAGGAAAAGUUGAACAGGACGUCAGGAACGCACUGGCGGAUGAGGCAGCAAAGAAAGCUGCCGUAGAGCCUGCGCAGAUGAUGGCCCUAACUCAGCCCGAGGAGAGUCAGCUGCGGCAUUCACAGGAAGACAAUGUGGCCCACUUAGUGGAGCUGCAGAACACCGCAGGGGUGGCUGAAAUAUCGAUGUGGAUAAAACAGGGGGUGAACAAAGAGGCGGUGCUUAUUUCACUUAUCCGAGUCGGACAAGCUCAAGCAGUGUUUAAACCAGUUCUGUCUGUGGAACCGAAUUCACCUCAAAUAUUCAGAGGAGAGACGGUUACACUCACAUGUAGGAUUUCAGGAUGGAGUGGACCGUACUACUGGUACAAAGAUGGUGGUUAUAGUCACAGUUCUGCUGAAAAUUACUACACUAUAAAUGUAGAUCAGAGUCACAAAUACAGCUGUUACGGGUCUAUUUAUCGACGGUCAACGCCAUGGAGUAAUGAAGUGACUCUCUCAGUGAUAGAGAGACCAAAAGCCAUUCUGACUCUGCAGCCUGAUGGACAGAUAUUCAGUGGACAGGAAGUCACUUUCACAUGUGAAAUACGAGGACAUGCAGACACUGAGUGGAUGUACAACUGGUAUAAAGAUGGUGUCCAAAUAUCCUUCUACACUGAGAACAGGAAAUAUUCAUUCACUCCUGUAGAGUCUCUCAGCGCUAAAUACACCUGCAGCGGACGGAGAAGAAGCGACUCUCAGACCUCAGAGACCAGCAACACUGUUACACUCACUGUGUCAGAAAAACCCAAACCGACUGUGAGAGUGAAUCCUCAGCGCUACGUCUACACUGGAGACAGAGUUACUCUGAACUGUAAUCUGCUGUCUAAUGGAUGGACUUUUCUCUGGUACAUAGAUCGAGUCCAAGUAGCUGAAGACACCAACACACUCCAUGAUACAGUCUCUAAUGCAGGAGAAACAGUGUAUCAGUGUAAAGCACGCAGAGGAAACUACGACUCAGAGCUCAGUGAUCCAGUUACACUUACAGUUAGAGCGCUCCCAAAACCUGUGGUGUCCAUAAAUCCUGAUGAACAGGUGUACAGAGGAGAGACUGUCACUCUCAGAUGUGACAUACAGGAUGAAGAGGACUCUGACUGGAUCUACAGCUGGAAUAAAGAUGGUUCUGGUGUCAGUAGUGAACAGGAGUACAGAAUCAGUAGUGCUGAAACAUCUCAUGCAGGUAAAUACACCUGUAGAGGAAGAGAGAGAGGAGACUCACACUCCUCACACACCAGUGAUGCUGUUACACUGACUGUAUCAGAUGGAAAAGCUCCACUGUCGGUACUGAAGCUCCUCAGCAGUGCAGUAGCGGCCUCUCCGUAUGUGCUGGUGACCAUCAUUCUGGCAGUGAAAUGUUACAGAGCUCGAACUGACCCUGAUGAGGACAACAGACCGUACAGAGUGAUAGAAGCUGAAACGUCUGUCUGAGUCUCAGGUGUUUACAUUAUUUUAUCAUCUAGCUUUUAUAUAACAGCAGCUCCCCGUGCAACAGAGAACACUGCAUUUAGCCCAUGGAGCUGUAACGUGGUGAACGAACGACUCUGACCCGAAGACUUGAGAGCUGAAUUAAUCAUUUCUGUUUCCGGGGAACAGACGUGAGAAAUGCGACGUGACAAAAGAAAGAACGACUCGGAUCGGGAGGUGAACAAACAGACUGUAUAGCCUGAAGACCUAAUGCUAAGCUAUUAAUUAAUCAUUUCUGUUUCUCAUAAUUUGGCCUUGGCUGCAACAGCCUAUAUUUUUAUUUUUUAUUCCAAAUGUGAUCGUUUACAUAAGUACUAGAUGUGUUGGUGAAUUUAACAUGUAACAUUUUAAUUAUAUUCUGCUGAAAUGAAAAAUGACUUGAAAAAAGAUUUGUUCAUUUUGCUGAAGGAGAUUCAAAGAUCCGAGUCAGUAAAAUGGUCCGAACUUCCCAUCACUACUGCUCACUGCAGAGCCAAAUAGAUGGAGCUGGACGUCUAGCUCCACCUCUCUUGAUCUAGUCUAGUAAUCUAUGGGUCUAGUCUAGUUCCACGUCUAUGGCUCAUUUCGCCACCUACUGGCUGUUAACAUCAAUGCAAGCCCUUCAUUAGAUCAAACUUACCUAAUGGGGAAAAAAAUGUUGAUUGUUGAUGCACCAAGGUUAGGUCAAAGUAACCAUGAGACUUGCAUGGAACUGGAGAUGCUGGCAUAGCUAAUAUUGCCUCAUCUUUCUUUAACAUUUUUCAUGAUUUCAUGAUUUUUCUGCACUGUUUCUGUGACAAACUGCAUGACUAGACUACCUUCUUUUUUCCACCCACUGUAUUAAGGCUAUGUCACGAGUCGUGGUCAAGCCAGAAGCAGGUGCAGAUAAUGACUUUUAUUGAAGCAAACGUACUAUGAAACAAAGACACUAAGACAACUUGAAAAAACACUGUGGCAUGAAACAAAACACUGAGACAUAAACAACAUGAGUCUAAGACAACGAAAGACAAGCUAAUGGUGCAGACAAGGACUAUAUAUACACAUGAGUGCUUAUUACUCAAAACAUGAAUCAGGUGCAGGUGGUCAUGUGACAACUAGAGAAGUGCAGUGACUGAUGUGAAGUGGAGUCCAGAGUUUCCCGAUACGUGACAGGCUAUGUAAGCAAUUUGUGAAUUUUCUCAGUCAUGUGAUUCAUUAAUGUAAUAAAGUGUGCUCCUAAUAUGCUCUUUGCUUUUAAACAUAGGAACUGAGUUACCCUU